AUGCCGGAGGGCUGCUGCAGGUACGAGCUGGCCCCGUGGCAGGCGCGCGCGCCGCGGCCGCCGCGCCGGUGUGAGCCCGUGCUGUGCCCGCAGAGCUCGCGGCACUCCAAGCUGGAGAAGGCCGACAUCCUGGAGAUGACCGUGAAGCACCUGCGGAGCCUGCAGCGUGCACAGAUGACCGCUGCGCUGAGCACCGACCCCACGGUGCUGGGCAAGUACCGCGCCGGCUUCAGCGAGUGCAUGAACGAGGUGACGCGGUUCCUCUCGACCUGCGAGGGUGUCAACACAGAGGUGCGCACUCGGCUCCUGGGCCACCUGGCCAGCUGCAUGACCCAGAUCAAUGCCAUGAACUACCCUGCGCCCCCGCCACCACCGCUGCCUCCGGCCGCAGCUUUUGGGCCACCGCUGGUGCCACCGGGCGGUGGUGCGGCGCCGCUCCCGGGCAUGCCCUGCAAGCCAGGCGCCGACGCAGCCAAGGUGUACGGCGGCUUCCAGCUGCUCUUCCUCAUCCCAAGCACCGCCUUCGGGCCAGGUGGUGCCGUGCUGCCCCUGUAUGGUGGCCCGCCGACAGCUGCCACCGCCGCCUCGCCGCCCGGCCCGCCACCCGGCACAGCUGACUCAGUCUGGAGACCAUGGUGAGGGUGGCGGGCACUGGAUUGGACUGAGCACUGCACCCCGUGCUGCUGGCACGGCUGUACAUAGGUUAUAUGUUCAUAUUGGAUUGUGCCUUUGUACCAUAGCACUCCCUUGACAGCGUUUCGUGUUUUACACGAGAUCUAUCUUUUCCUCCCCUUGUUCUCCUUCCUUAUGUGACACCAAAGAUCGGGGUUUUUUUGAAUGCUCUUAAAAAUAAAAGCA